AUGGACGACGUUGAUUCAGUAUUGGUAGAUAAUGUCAAAUCAUUUGCCUCCGGUGGAUUUGGUGGUAUCUGUGCCGUCUUGACUGGACACCCGUUCGAUUUGGUCAAGGUGAGAUUACAAACUGGUUUGUAUAAUUCAUCAGUACAGUGUGUUAAAGAAACAAUUGCCAAAGAUGGGUUGAGAGGUCUUUACCGUGGUGUUUUGCCACCAUUGUUGGGAGUUACACCAAUGUUUGCCGUUUCUUUUUGGGGUUACGAUGUUGGUAAAAAACUUGUUGGAUCUUUUACUGGUAAAACAAUUGAGCAAUUCACCAUUGGAGAUAUUUCAGCUGCUGGUUUCAUUAGUGCCAUUCCAACUACUCUAGUCGCAGCUCCAUUCGAAAGAGUCAAGGUUAUGAUGCAAAUUCAAGAAGGAGCAAAAUCUAAAGGCAUGGGUGGUGUUGUAGUCGAUAUGUACAAGACUGGUGGUAUUAGAUCCAUUUUCAAAGGUUCAGCAGCCACUUUGGCUAGAGAUGGGCCAGGUUCAGCAUUGUAUUUUGCUACCUAUGAAUACUUGAAAAAGGAAUUAUCAACUCCCGGUAAAGAUUUGUCAAUCUUGGCAAUUAUGACUGCUGGUGGUUUCGCAGGUGUUGCUAUGUGGUUGGGUGUUUUCCCAAUUGACACCAUCAAAUCAACUCAACAAUCCUCAAAUGUACCUAUCUCCAUUGCUCAAACUACUAGAAAUAUUUACGCAAAGGGUGGUAUCAAGGCUUUCUUCCCAGGUGUUGGUCCUGCAUUGGCCAGAUCAUUCCCUGCAAAUGCUGCCACCUUCUUGGGUGUUGAACUUGCUAAGAACGCGUUGGAUAAGAUUGUAUAA